AUGGACUCGGCGCCCACACUCAUAGACAUAUUAACCAUAGACCAGGCUAGGUUUACGCUGCUCAAUGCAUCGUGGUGUAACGCCAAUAGAGAGAUAUCGCAAAGGUUAACGUUAAUAACGUGGCAAGACAAAGUUGGAAGAUGGUUUAACUAUCUUCAGUUGGAUCCUAGUUACCUUGUAUUUGAGAACAACAACACAGCAACUCCUACAUCUGCAUGUUCAUUACCGUGCGAGGUGGGGAUGAUUAAAAAGCAACAGGGAGAUACCUGCUGUUGGAUAUGUGACAAAUGCGAGGAGUAUGAGUUCGUCUACGACGAAUUCACAUGCAAAGAUUGCGGGCCCGGCUACUGGCCGUACGAAGAUAAAUUAUCCUGUUAUGCGCUCGAGCUGCAAUAUAUGCGUUGGAACACUCCGUACGCCUUUGUUCCUGCUGCUUUCUCUUGUCUGGGAAUCUUGGUAACUUUCGCGGUUAUCGUUUUGUUCAUUAAACACAACGAUACGCCGUUAGUCCGGGCUUCCGGGAGGGAAUUAAGUUACAUGUUGCUGUUUGGAAUUCUGCUCUGUUAUUUAAACACGUUCGCCCUGCUGGCCAAACCCACUACAGAAAUUUGUAUAACGCAGAGAUUCGGCAUCGGAGUCGGAUUCUCUAUCAUUUAUGGUGCUCUACUGACCAAAACUAACCGAAUUUCUCGCAUAUUCGAUUCAGCUUCCAAAUCAGCCCAGCGACCAAGUUACAUCAGUCCAAAAUCCCAGGUGAUGAUUACUUGCUCACUCAUCGGCAGUUUAUUAACAAUAUUUCGUUGUUUAAAACUGUUAAAAAUUAUCCGAAAAUUAAUUCGUGAAUAA